CAGGAUAUUAACAUACCAGGAUAUUAACAUACCAGGAUAUUAACAUACCAGGAUAUAUUACUAUUUAGUUGAGGGUUCAACUUAUCCCGAGACAAGCAACUCCGCAGAGCUGAUGGGAGAGUUACCAGAGAGUCGCACUUUUGUAUAUCACAUCUGUUGAUUAGUUAGCACAAUGGCUGCGACUGGCACAGUCAGCAGUUUUCAGAAGAAAGGAAAAGCGAGAGUCGUCUCCAUUCCAGGAACUCAUCCAUCCAUCCACAACUCGCAGCUGCUGCUCUCCUGUGGGUUACCAUCACUAGACUACCUCAUUGGGGGCGGCCUUCCUGUUGGCUCCAUCCUCCUCAUAGAACAAGAUAGAUAUGAUGUGUACAGCAAGUUAUUCCUGAAAUAUUACCUUGCUGAAGGUGUAAUGAAUAACCAUAUUCUUACCCUGGCCAGUCUUGAUGUUUCUCCUCAGACAAUUACAGAAGAUUUGCCUGCUUCAAUAGACGUGGAACCUGAUGAGGCUCAGACUUAUGCUGAUGACAAAAAGAUGAGUAUUGCCUGGAGGUACCAAAACAAAGCCUCUCAACCUGGAACCAAUGUUGGCAACAGGUUUGGCCACAAUUAUGACCUGACAAAGUCAAUGGAUGCAGAAAUCAUUUCUCAUGUGGACUUGGCUCUCUGGGACGGCUCAGAGGCCGAGGAAGGGAAGGGGAAGUUAGAGAAUAAGAAUUACUGGUCAUUGCUGCAGUUAAUUAAGAAAAGGAUAGAGGAUGGUAAUCUAUCAACAUCAUGCAACAAAAGCAAGACCAACGUGAUGCGUCUGGCCCUACACUCAGUGGGAUCCCCACUCUGGGGUUGGGAGUUUUCCCACCAGGAAAAAGAUCACCAAUGGCACAACCUCACUACCUUCUUGUUUAUGUUGAGGGCGCUGGUUCGCACUUCCUUCUCUGUGUGUUUAAUGACAGUUCCCUCCCAUCUCUUCGCUGAUCCCAAUUUGACACUUCGGCUACAAACACUGGCUGACUUUGUGAUAAGGUUAGAGUCAUUCCAAGGCUCAGAUAAGGAAACUAAUCCAGCUUUUAAAGAUUAUCAUGGGCUCUUCCAUGUAGUCAAGUUAGCAGCCAUUAAUAGUCUGGUCUCACCAAUGCUGGACUCAACAGAUUGGGUGUUUAAACUGAGGAAGCGCAAGUUGAUGAUUGAGCGCCUCCACUUGCCUCCAGAAUUGUCAGAAACUGUCAGUAGAAGUCAGGAAGACCCCAUUAAUAAACCUGCUGGUCCUGCCUGCAUGGGAGGCAAACUUCCCAAGAAUCUUGAGUUUUGAUUUUCAGAAAAUAAAUGACUUUUUCUCAAAAUGCGU